CCCUCCGCCCGCCUCCCCUCAGUUCUGGCUGCUUGUCACGGAUUCAGCCUGGACGUGGAGGAGCCCACGGUCUUCCAGGAGGACGGCGCUGGCUUCGGGCACAGCGUGGCCCAGUUCGGCAGAUCCAGACUCGUGGUGGGAGCCCCCCUGGAGGUGGUGGGAGCCAACCAAACCGGACGGCUGUACGCCUGCGACGCUGCCUCGGGCCUGUGUGAGCCCAUUUCACUGCCCAUCCCCCUAGAGGCUGUGAACAUGUCCCUGGGCCUGUCCCUAGCGGCCUCGGUCAACCGGCUGUUGGCCUGCGGCCCCACCCUGCACAGAGCCUGCGGGGAGAACAUGCAUGUGGAAGGGGCCUGCCUCCUGUUGGGCCCCCAGCUGCAGGUUGAGCGGAGAGUCCCCGCUGCCCAGCCAGAGUGCCCGCACCAGGAGAUGGACAUCGUCUUCCUCAUCGAUGGCUCGGGCAGCAUCGGCCAAAGUGACUUUAAGCAGAUGAAGAACUUUGUCAGAGCCGUGAUGGGCCAGUUUAAGGGCACCAACACCCUGUUCUCGCUGAUGCAGUACUCCAACAUCCUGGAGACCCACUUCAACUUCAUCCGGUUCCGGACCAACCCGAGCCCUCAGCGCCUGCUGGAUCCCAUCGUCCAGCUGAGCGGACUGACCUUCACGGCCUCAGCCAUCCAGAGGGUGGUGAAGGAACUAUUUCACAGUAAGAACGGGGCCCGCAAAAGUGCCAAGAAGAUCCUCAUUGUUAUCACAGAUGGACAGAAGUACAAAGACCCCCUUGAAUACAGCGAUGUCAUCCCCCAGGCCGAGAGAGCCGGCAUCGUCCGCUAUGCCAUCGGGGUGGGAGGCGCUUUCCAGGAACGGGCCGCCAGGCAGGAGCUGGACAUCAUUGGCUCAGCGCCCUCGCAGGACCACGUGUUCAAGGUGGACAACUUUGCCGCGCUCGGCAGCAUCCAGAAGCAGCUGCAGGAGAAGAUCUUCGCAGUGGAGGGAACCCAGUCGAGGACAAGUAGCGCUUUCCAGUAUGAGAUGUCCCAAGAAGGCUUCAGUUCAGCACUCACGACGGACGGACCCGUUCUGGGCGCUGUGGGGAGCUUCAGCUGGUCUGGAGGUGCCUUCCUGUACCCCGAAAAUAUGAAACCCACCUUCAUCAACAUGUCUCAGGAGAAUGUGGACAUGGCGGACUCCUACCUGGGUUACUCCACGGAGCUGGCCCUUUGGAAGGGGGUGCAGAGCCUGGUCCUGGGGGCCCCCCGCCAUCAGCACACCGGGAAGGCCGUCAUCUUCACCCAGGCGGCCGGGCAGUGGAGGCCGAAGGCUGAAGUCCCAGGGACCCAGAUUGGCUCCUACUUCGGGGCCUCCCUCUGCUCCGUGGACGUGGACAGAGAUGGCAGCUCCGACCUGGUCCUCAUCGGGGCUCCCCAUUACUACGAGCCGACCCGGGGGGGCCGGGUGUCUGUGUGCCCCUUGCCCCGGGGGAGGGCCAGGUGGCAGUGCCAGGCCAUCCUCCGUGGGGAGCAGGGCCACCCCUGGGGCCGCUUUGGGGCAGCCCUGACCGCGCUGGGGGACGUGAAUGGGGACAAGCUGACGGACGUGGCCAUCGGGGCCCCGGGGGAGCAGGAGAACCGGGGUGCUGUGUACCUGUUCCAUGGGACCUCGGGGCUGGGCGUCAGCCCCUCCCACAGCCAGCGCAUCGCAGGCUCCCAGCUCUCCCCCAGGCUCCAGAAUUUUGGGCAGUCGCUGAGUGGAGGUCAGGACCUCACCCAGGAUGGACUGGCAGACCUGGCUGUGGGGUCCCGGGGUCACGUGCUGCUGCUCAGGAGCCGGCCAGUGCUGAGCGUGGGGGUGGCCAUCAGAUUUGCCCCCUCCGAGGUGGGGCAGGCUGAGUACCAGUGCCUGGAAGAGGUGCCCUCCCCUCUGGGAGCUGGGAGCGCCACCGUCUGUUUCACUAUCCACAAAAGCUCACCUGACCAGCUGGGCGACGUCCAAAGCUCUGUCCGGUAUGACCUGGCGCUGGACCCCGGCCGGCUGAUUUCUCGCGCCGUUUUUGAAGAGACCAAGAACUGGACUUUGACUCGAAGGAAAAUCUUGGGGCUGGGAGAGCACUGUGAGACCCUGAAGUUGUUUUUACCUGACUGCGUGGAGGAUGUGGUGAGCCCCAUCAUCCUGCGGGUCAGCUUCUCCCUGGUGGGGCAGCCCAUCCCCUCCUCCCAGAACCUCCGCCCUGUGCUGGCCGUGGGCUCCCAGGACCUCUUCACAGCUUCUCUCCCCUUUGAGAAGAACUGUGGGCAAGAUCACCUCUGUGAAGGGGACUUGAAUGUCCACCUCAGCUUCUCAGGCCUGCAGGCCCUGGUGGUGGGAAGCUCUCCAGAACUCAACGUGACAGUGGCUGUGUGGAAUGAGGGUGAGGAUUCCUACAGAACUGUGAUCAACUUCUACUACCCAGCAGGGCUGUCCUAUCGACGAGUAUUAGGAACUCAGCAGCCCCAUCAGCGCCCACUACACCUGGCAUGUGAGGCAGUGCCCACGGGGAGUGAGAGCCUGAGGAGCAGCAGCUGUAGCAUCAACCACCCCAUUUUCCGAGGGGGCAGUAAGGGCACCUUCAUAGUCACAUUUGAUGUUUUCUACAAGGCCACCCUGGGAGACAAGUUGCUUCUGAGGGCCAAUGUCAGCAGUGAGAAUAAUAAGCCUACAACCAACAAGACCACCUUCCAGCUGGAGCUCCCAGUGAAAUACGCCGUCUACACAGUGAUCAGCAGGAAGGAAGAAUCCACCAAGUACUUCAACUUUUCAACUUCCGAUGGGAAGAGCAGGAAAGAAGCUGAGCAUCGAUAUCGUGUGACUAACCUGAGCCAGCGGGAUCUGGCCAUCAGCGUUCAUUUCUGGGUCCCCGCGCUGCUGAACGGCGUGGCGGUGUGGGACGUGGCUGCGGUGACUCCCUCACAGAGUCUCUCUUGUGUGUCAGAGAUGGAACCUCCCCAGCAACCUGACUUCCAGACUCAGAUUCCAAGGAGUUUUGUGCUGGACUGCUCGGCCGCCGCCUGCCGGAGGUUCCGCUGUGACGUCCCCUCCUUCGGCAUCCAGGAGGAACUUGACUUCAUCCUGAAGGGCAACCUCAGCUUCGGCUGGGUCAGCCAGACGCAGCAGAAGAAGGUGUCGGUCGUGAGCGUGGCGGAAAUCACGUUCGACAGAUCCGUGUACACCCAGCUCCCGGGCCAGGAGGCGUUUCUGAGAGCCCAGAUGGAGAUGGUGCUGGAAGAGUAUGAGGUGUAUGACCCCGUGCCCCUCGUUGUGGGCAGCUCUGUGGGAGGACUGCUGCUGCUGGCUCUCAUCACAGCCACGCUCUUCAAGCUCGGCUUCUUCAAACGUCGGUACAAAGAAAUGAUGGAUGACAAGCCCGAAGAGGCCGCCAUGUUCAGCGGGGAGGCCCCCAGGGAGCCUUUGUCCUAGUAACCUGCUCCCCUGUUUAUUGCCCCCCAGGGCUGGGGUGGCCUGGGCCUCCGGACCGGCUUCCUUGGGGGUAACUUCUGCAUAGAGCGGGCUGGCUGAGCCACUCAGCGGGUGCUGCCCGCCUUCCCACGGCCUUGCCAGCCCUCCUCAGUGGGAACCCCCUUUUUGCCGAAGCAGGCCCGGGGCCAGCAUGGACUUCCUUAUGUGUGAGAAUUGCCACAUUAAAUGAGGAUGGA